AUGGGAGGCACCAUUACUUGCCCUCGCGUGGCUGUCAUUGGCGCUGGUGCUUCGGGAGUGGCUGCUGCGGCUCAUCUUCUGGUUGAAGGCAUUGAUGUGGUGGUGUUCGAGAAGGCCCGCGUCACAGGAGGCGUAUGGGUGUUUGAUCCGCGCCGUCCGCCAGAUCCUCCAUAUCCCAAUCUCAAAGCAUCGGCUUGCUACGAAAGCCUCAGGACGAACGCCCCUACGCCCUUGAUAGAGAUGAGCCUGAAUUCCUGGAGCCCAGACACAGAGUUGUAUGCAAGACAUUCCGUUGUGGUAGACUACAUUCGACAAACCGCUGCGAAGACCGGUGUCGACAAGACUAUACUUCAUAACACAAAAGUCGACUCUGUCACCAAAGACCAAGAGACAUGGAGGGUCCGUACGUCGACGUGGGAUACCACCGCAGAAGUAGUGUCACAAGAGUGGGGAUUCGAUGCAGUCGUUGUAGCCACGGGACAUUACCAUGCCCCAUAUAUCCCUGAUAUACCUGGUUUGGCGCAGUGGAAGGAGGCAUGGCCAGAUAGGGUUCAACACUCGAAAGGGUAUCGAUCCAACAAGGAGUUUCAAGACCAGGUACCCGUCGUCUGGAUUGCCCAGUGGCCGAAGAAUGACACUGAACACUGUCUCCAGGUUGUCCUUCUGGUGGGAGCUGGGGCUUCUGCUGUUGACAUUGCCAGCGAGUUAGGCCCUUGCGCAAAGAAAAUCUGGCAGUCGACAAGAGGCAGCACUACUGACCAUCCACUGGAGAUGCUACCCGUGAACGCUACACGCGUUGCUGAGAUCGCUUCCUUUGGGCCCCUGCACAGUGAAGCCGCCUCGUCGGCCGGCCCGAUUCCAGGCAAGAUCACAUUGGUGGACGGCCAGAUCCUUGAAGGCAUAGACAAAGUUGUCAUGUGCACGGGAUAUCUCUUUUCGCUCCCUUUCCUGGCCAGACACCACAACGACAAUCUGUCGGCAGGAGAAGCGGGCCCGGAUGUCCUGGUCACUGAUGGUUCACAAAUUCACAACCUACACGAGGACAUCUUCUACGUGCCUGACCCUACACUUGCGUUCGUGGGCGUCCCUACUGAUGUGGCCAGCUUUUCUCUGUUUGAAUUCCAAGCCAUUGCCAUUGCGGCCGUCUUCUCGGGCCAAACGAUGCUUCCCUCUGAAGAAGACAUGAGGACACAGUACGACGAGCGGGUCAAAGACAGGGGCACCGGGAAGAGAUUUCACAGCCUUUUGAAGAAGGAUGUGGCAUACGCCGCAGAACUAAUGGAAUGGGUGAAUCGAGGAAGGCCGCCAACCAAGAGGAAGAGCAACGGCUAUUCGAAGGAAUGGCUGGAUCGUCGUGCAACCUUCAUUCAGAGGUACAAAGGAAAAGGGGGCCAUUUGAAGGCGGAUAGUACCCGCCUCAGGAUAAAAGAUACCUGGAUGGAGGAGACAGGGGGCAAAUCACCUUAA